CCCGGCCCACAGCCGCUCGGGAGCGUGUGCCCGCGGUGUGGUUCCGGGGCCGGGUUGUCCCCCCCCCCAGUCCAGGAUUCCUUCCAUGUCAAGACAAUAAUCCAAUCCCCACUUAAAUUCAUUUAAAGAUUCACUGAGGAUGACUGAAGACAUUAAAAAGGAACUGACUCCCGCUAACAUUAAGGAGGAAGAAAAUUUUGCAGUAGAUAAUCAGGAAAAAGCUGCAGAAGAGGAGGAAGAGUUAUCACAUGCAGAAAUCCUGGACCUAUUUCAGGAAGGUCUGGCCAUGAUCGUCCAGGAUCCAUUGUUGUGUGAUCUUCCAGUUCAGGUUACUUUGGAAGAGAUAAAUUCUCAGGUCGCUCUGGAGUAUGGUCAAGCAAUGACUGUCAAAGUAAAGAAAGGAGAUGGUGAAAUUAUGCCUGUUGUUGUAAUUCAAAAUGACACAGUCCUUGAUCUGAAAAAAGCCAUUCAGAGAUAUGUACAACUAAAGCAAGAGCGUGAAGGAGGAACACAGUACAUCAGUUGGAAAUAUAUUUGGAGAACCUAUCAUCUGACGUUUAAUGGAGAGAAAUUGACUGAUGACAAGAUGAAACUGAAAGAUUACGGUAUAAGGAAUCGAGAUGAGGUCACCUUCAUAAAAAAACUUCGAAAAAAAUAAAGAUUUGUGUAAAUCUUAGCACGUGUCCAAAAGGCAGAUUUGUCUUGUAGAGAGAUAUGUGUUGCUGUCUCUCUACUUCUGAGAAAACUCUUCACCAGAGGACGAAGCACAGGAGUUGUAUCAUUCAUUAGAACUUCAGUGAUAAGGAACAAGCCAUUUUCAGAAUUGUCACAAAUUGUAAUUCAACAUACAGUAUUCUGUUGGGUUGUAUAAGGUGUUUAUUGAAUGAUUCAAUGUGUUUAGAGAUUAACUCUUAUUUUUGCAAUCCAGUUAGUUAUAUUAAAAUCCAUAUGUCAUAAGUCUGUUUAAGUACAAAACUAGCAUUGUGCAAAUGAAAAUUAUAAUAGGAUGUAUCUAAACAUUGGAAGAGCCUUAUAAAAGUAUUUUCAAAUGCUACAGAGCUGCUUAAAGUCAGGUAUUCUUUCAGAUUUUUAUCUAUUAGUAUUUACGAAGGUAUAGUAUUGACAAAUAAGAUACCACCAGAUGAUUAGAACAAAGAACAUAGAAAAAUACAGCACAGUACAGGCCCUUCGGCCCUCGAUGUUGCGCCGAUCCAAGCCCACCUAACCUACACUAGCCCACUAUCCUCCAUAUGCCUAUCCAAUGCCCGUUUAAAUGCCCAUUUGAUGUAUCUUGAAUCAGGUAUUAACUACUCAUUGUGUAAAAGAUGAUUUCUGGGUCUCAAUCCCCCAUCUGAAUCGACAUUGUUCUCUCAUACAAGAGUGAGCUUGCUCAGGGGCUUUUGUCAAUCUCGCCACAACACAAGUAGCUCACUUCUGCCCUGCUGAGCAGCUGGCUGUUCACAACCUAUACCCAAAAUCCUAAACUUUCCUUUAGACACCUGACUCUUCCUGACUGGUGCUCUGGCAAAUGAAGCAAGCCAGGUUAUCUGAAACUCUGCACAGAAGCUGGCAUUCUUGAUUUCUGUCUUACUCCCCUGCCCCUCUGCUGGAAUCAAUUAAACAGGCCUCGCAAUAUAUGCAAGCACUCGGCUAUGAUGCCAGAACUCAGGUUCGACUGAGAGACAUCGACCAAUGAGAUCAUAUCUGAGAGUCCAAGGUUACUUUGUAAGCCUGCCACCUGUGGAAUUCUGUGGACCUGGUAAUGCCCGGAAUGAAGAGAGCCUUCCUCCCAACUUAAUGUGGGAAAUUUUCACCAGCUCACUGGCAAACUGGCGUCCGUUUUGUAAAUGCAAUAAUUCAGCUACAUCUAAGUAGCAGUGCGUGUUUUGGAUAUUGUUCUUAAAAAUAAAAUCUGAGCAUUAAAGUUUUUCUUUUUUCACAA